GUUUUGCCAAGUCGGGGACGGUCCGAAUUAGACCGACUACAUGUGGUUUGUUGUGCGAGUGUCAAAAGUGUCGUGAACUUGUCGAUUUAGCAUUCGAAAGUGUGUAAAGGUUUCGUGUUUUGUUUAAAAAGUGUAUAAAAUGUCAGAUGUUGCGCGGAGCGAGUGGCGCGGGAAUGCGGCAUUUUUUAGAUUCCGAUAGGAUUCGAAAGUUGAAACUGCAUGUUUACGAACGAUGCAUUUGUACGUGUUUAAGCGUUAAUUUUAGUGCGAAGCUGUGAUUUAUUUUUAUCGUGGAAAUUUGUGUGACAAAAUGAGGCGUACGAGAUUGUGUAUUUUUGACGCGGCGCUAUGGUGCUUCGUGGUGUACCUGCUGGGACACAUGCCGACCAUCGAGAUGCGAGUGGACGAGCUGGAGCAAGCGGCACAGAAGUACAGAAGUCCAGAGCCUGUACCCGCAUCAACACCACCCCCCACGUACCCCAAGCCAAACAUGAAACUGGGGAAGUGUUUCCACCUGGACCGAUCUCAGUGUCCCACCAAGGAGCUGCGCUGCGACACCGUGGACCCUACUUCUGUGUUCUGCUGUGAUGUGGACAGUUUCACGUUAAAAGAGGGCCUGACUGCUUAUAUGAAACAGAACAUCACCAACCUCCACGUCUUGAACGCUACCAUAACGGAGCUGGAUCUCUCUCAGUCCGUGUUCCGACGGCUGGCGUCCAUGGCGCUUACUGACGGCAACAUCGGGCAGAUUGUUGGUCAGUUCCCAAAACACUCCUCAAUCGCCUGCCUCAACAUCUCCAACAACAACCUCACGACGGCCAAACUCCCGACCACACUGCGUCCGUUCGCGUACCUCUUCAACCUCACCGUGUUGGAUGCGUCGGCGAACAAUCUCACGGAGUUCCCGCUCAGCCUGGUGCAGAGUAAUCGGAAGAUAUUUAUAGAUAUGUCAGGGAACAACCACAUGCCAUGCAAAGAGUUUCAACAGGCCAUGGAAAGCAACAAUUCUCUAGUGACGUUCCUGAACUACAACAAAACCUACUGCGUGCGCGACAUUCGCUUCAACGACCGGCAGUGGUUCCAAGAGAAGUCGUUUCUGCAAAUUGACCAUCUUAAAGUUCAAAAAGAGCUAACUAAUAUCUGCCGGAACAUCAAGCCUUUGGACGCAAACUGCACCUGCUUCCUGGACAGACUGGAACUCACGCACCUGGAGUACAUGGUGACGGUAGACUGCACGCAGCGGCAUCUGAAGGUGAUGCCGACGGAUCUGCCGCCCAACACUUGGAAGCUGAACGUGUCUUAUAAUAAUAUAACGAGCCUAGAAGUGGUCGGCGACGACCCGUCAUACGAGCAUCUCAAGCAACUCAUAGCUGACCACAACGAUAUCGAGAAUAUUGGUCCACUGGAGGGAACCAAGUUCGCUGACAACUUCAUGCUGUUCUCAAUCACGCACAACAAGCUGAAGAAUAUCCACACGUACAUGCUGUCGAACAUGUUCGACAACCUACCAGGGUCCUACAACACGUUUCUCAUAGGCGGUAAUUAUAUCCACUGCGACUGCAACACUGAGAAAGUCAUCAAACCAUGGCUAAUAGAAGUCUCAAAAACCAUCCUCGACUACAAAGAGCUUUACUGCGAAGACAACAUGGGCCCAGUUGUAGACCUAAAAGAAUUCCAAGUCUGCCACACUCCACGCGACUGGACCGACUAUAUCUACUACAUUAUCACUCUAGAAGUUUUAAUUCUAGUACUUCUAAUUAGUAAAGUGUCUUACGAUUACUGGAUCUUCAAGACGGCAGGCUAUUUGCCGUGGCCGGCUAAUAAGAUGCCACGGCUGCCUUGUGAUUGGCUGUGUGAGUGAAGCGCUGAUUGGUGGAUAUUGUUGCGGUGUGAUUGGCUCGCGCGUGGCAGGUCCAUGCGUUUUAGUUGCCUCCUGGAGUCCCAGGGGUUUAAAUUUGCCAGGCAAAAAACGACCUUGAGGAAAUAUAGAAUUUAAUUUUGAUCGUAAUUUCGGACGCAGUAUCGUGUCGGACAAGGAGUUGUGUUGGAGGUUGAAUGACCUUAUGGCGUAAGCUUGUGAAGUUAGAGCGAGACAAACUACAAUGAAGCUAUUUUCUCAUCAAGCGCCAUAAUUUAUUUGUAUAGUAUCUCGAAAACAGGACAGUAUCUCAUUCGUGAAAGACAAGUGCAUUGUGAUUGACUUAUGUUUAUUGUUUGAUACCAUUUCGUUGGUUUUAUGGAUAAUUUAAUGUGUGUGUUUUGAAAAACGAACGAUGAAUAUUGUUUAUUUUUUCCUGUGUUUUCCAUGGACUUGCGACUGCUUUGCAGCUAAGAAUAGCACAUUAAAGAUCUAUUAUGUAUUAGUUAUGUGUAAAUUUGUGUCAAAUAUGUAAAUUAUGUGUUGUUGAUAUCGUUGUAUAUAUGAAAAUGCGUAUAUUUUUAAUCAAGUGUAGCUUUAUGAAAAGCUGAAUUCUAAUCGUAGCUAUUAUCAUACAGAUCUAUACAGGUAUAGUGAAAACCUUUCCUACAAGCCAAACGAAAUCGAAUCGUAUAUCAAUGCUGCAUAUACUAUAUAAAGGUUUUUCUCACUAUUUAUGUAAGAAUAUAUGAAAAGACGAUGUUAUUGAUUAAUUUAGUUAUAUUGCCAUGGUAAAUGAUUUCUUUUGUGUGUAGUAAUCUUACUUUUUUGCCAAUGAGUCUUAUAUAUCAUCGAUAUCUUUGUGUGUUGUUGUUGUGAGGUAUUAAAUAUCGACACGAACAAAGGGCCAAAAAUAUAUACACGUCCUUAUUACCUAUACAUUAAGGUAGUGUGUACAUAUUUUUGGCACUUUGUUCGGGUCUAUAUUUGAUACCUCGACUCUACAUGAUUAGCUGAUUAUUCGUAAGGUGCAUUGGGGUAAUUCAAAAGCGGAGUAAUUUUGUGAAUCACUAAUAUCUAUUAAACCACUCCAUACUUAAGGCCUGUUUCACAAUGUCCAUGUAAAUUUUGCUUGUUUGCCACCGACGUAGUAUAAAAAAAAAAUAUUAUUGGAUAGCUAAUUAACAAAUAAAUUAACGGCCAGAUAAAACUACCCUACGUCGUAAACCACUCAUCUACAAAUUAGGCUUAUUUGAAGAUUCUGAAACGCCAACGAUGACUUUAUUCGUCAGAUAAGUGGCAAGUAGCUUAUUCAGGACAUGGACAUUUUGAAACAGGCACUUAUGCUACUGAAUGCUUACCAAGGCAUCUUGAAUACUGCAAAUGAUAAAGUGAAAGUGCUUCCAGUUUAUAGUUUUUUUUUUGCAUUAGAAACAAGGUCAAACAAUGUCUUUUAUUAAAAAAAGUAAGUCACGGCAAAUAUGUAACAAUUAUAAAUCAUAUAAGAUCAUUUACAUUAUUUAUUAUGCUUUCAUAAGUAAUAGUUACUUAUUUUAAAGAAGCGUUUUUCAAUAAAAAUGUCAAGAUUGUUUUUUUUUUUCUAAUGCAAAAAAAAGAGCUGUAGAUUAUUUUCAAAAUAAUGCCGCAUUUACACUCAUCCCAAUGCACCUUAAACGUUAUUAUAAAGAUAUACCACCAAUGGCCAGUUGAGUGUUGCCGUCAGUGCCCAGAAGUGUUACAAUUUUAUUACAUGAAUUAACCUUUUGACCGCCAAGAACACCUAAAGGACUGUAGGUGUAGGUGUCAUGGCGGACGCUGUCAAAAUAACCUUCACACUUCAAAGUAGGGUUUACAUUGGCUCCCUUACGCCCGGGAUCUUGGCGUUUGAGCGAUGUUUGUGUUUAUGAAGCGUUCAAAGUGCCUUUACGACUAUCGUAUCUUUUAGUACUUACCUAUAAAUAUAUAUGUGACCGCGACCGGCAAAACGUCCCACUUUGUCGCUUGCCAUAAAGACGCCUUGUCAGAUUACAAGCAAAUCUCGUCCUUAUGGCAAGUGACAAAGUGGGACGUUUUGCCGGCUGCGGUUACAUAAUUAUUAGUAUGGUAGUACAUUCUGAGAUGUCUUUAACACAUUCAGUGCCAGCGCGUGCUACGCGCUACGAGCGUAGCCGAUAACAUGGGAAAAUGCGUACGUAGCGAAAAGCGACUACGGACUGAGCGCCCGUCUGGCGGGUUGCUGGCAGUGAAUGCGUUAACCGUUUUUCAGGCAUAGUACAAUUUAUCGACCACAUACGCGUCAAUAGAAUUUCAACCUUAGCUAUCUGAUUUAAAGUUGAAAUGAAUCACCAAAGCGGGAUUUAUUUGAUUUUUUUGGGAGAACCUUGUAGAUUGGUGCGGCCUGGAAAAGGGUUAAACAAAUGAUUAAAUCUAGGUCAGGGAUCGGCAAAGAAUUUUUUUUUAUACAGGAAAAUUGCGCUUGCGGCUCGCAGAUUACCGACCCCUGAUUUAGGUCAAAUAUUUAAUCCAUUUCUGAUGUAGGUUGUUAUUUUAAUGUCCAUUUUUGUACUCAAUAUGAUGCAACAUAAUAAUAUUUGCUAUUUUUGGACCAAUUAUACAGAAGAUUAUAUGAGGCUAACAUAACUUUCACCUAAGACAUAGCUUAACCUAGCUUAAGGGCUGAAACAGACGGAUUGCAGUUCUCAAUUUUCCUUACAUUUUUUCUGCAGUUGAAAUGCAGUCAGUCUGUUUCAACUAUAACUGUUUUGAAAUGUUAUUGGAAAUAGGUGCCAUAUUGAAAAAUAUACACUGAAUUUAUCAUUAUUUUUAGAUGUUUAUCAAUAAAAAAGGCUAUAGUUAUUAUGUAAGUAUAUAAUGCAAUGAAGACUGUAUAUUUUGUAUGGGUUUAGUUUUAUGUAUAAAAUAUGACCAAUAAAAGGGUUGAUUUUGUAA